AUGCCCAACCCAGUCGACACCAGCUUAGAACCUCACACCUCAGGGCUCGCCGCCAAAUUCGCCGCCGCCCACUCAGCAGAGCACCCCCUCAAGCUGUACGGUGGCUGGUUCUGCCCGUUUGUGCAGCGGUCCUGGAUCGUGCUCCACGAGAAGAAGAUCCCCCACCAAUACAUAGAAAUCAACCCCUAUCACAAGGCGCCAGAGUUCCUGGCCCUCAACCCGCGCGGCCUGGUCCCCACCCUCGGCGUGCCAGUCGGCAGGAGCGGCAAGGAGCAGAAGCCACUGUACGAGAGCCUGGUACUCUGCGAGUACCUGGACGAGGCCUACGCGGAAGAGAGCAGGUUCGGCCACAGGCUGCUCCCCGAGGAUGCAUACGAGAGGGCGAGGUGCCGGCUCUGGAUCGACCACAUCAGCACCAAAAUCAUCCCUGGGUUCUACAAGUUGCUCCAGCACACGCCGGACAAGGCUUACAGUAUCGAAGAUGCGAGGAGUGAGUUCCUGGGCAACAUCAAGACCCUGGUGCAGCAGAUGGAUGGUGGUGGACCGUGGUUUCUCGGGGAGCGUUUUAGCCUUGUCGACGUGAUGCUUGCCCCAUGGGCCAAGAGGUUGUUCUUGGUUGAUCACUACAAGCCUGGCGGCGUGGGAAUUGAUGAGGCAAAAGCCAAGGAUGAAGGAAUCUGGAACAGGUGGCAGAAGUGGUUCGAUGCCAUUACCUCUAGGCAGAGUGUUAAGGAGACGUGGAGUGAUGAUGAGCAGUACAUCGAAGCCUAUAAGCGAUAUGCGGAGGACACAACUGGAUCGAUGGUCGGACAGGCCACGCGCAAGGGGGAAAGGUUACCUUGA